AUGACAAUAUUCCAUAUAAGUAAUGUUGGUAUUCAAGGCAUUGUUAGGAGUACAGCGACUUUGUCACAAGACGUUGGCUCUAUUCCGAUCAUCAUGCAGCUCACAUUCGUGAUCGUUCUUAUGGCCUUUCUCUCAACCCAAGUAUUUGCCAAACACAAAGAAGCCAGGAUACAGACGUACAACUGUGGAGUUAGGUUGAGAGUAAAACCAUCUCAAAUCGACACGGCUGUUAAGCGGAUGGAACGCGUCUAUAAAAAAUCAUCGCCAUCAUGCAACAAAAAACCAAAUCUCUUGAAUAAAUGCUAUAAGAUUGGUGUGGAAUAUUUAAAGUAUCGUGGAACUUAUUUUCCUUCUCCUGAAAAUGACGAAAUAUUGCUCAAAAAAGCUAUAAGAUUUAAUAUAUUCCAUAAGAAGCCCUUGAAUCGAUAUUUUGUUGUUGCUCGAUGUUCAAAUGGACAAUUUUGUUCGUUUUUGGGCAUCAUCCGCUGGCCGCGCUUCACCAUGAACGAGAUAAAGUGUAUUCGGAUAGAGAAAAAGUUACCCACUACCAUUUUACACACAGGGCUCCCCCAACCUGUUGCACCGCCAGGCUUUACAUCGCCAAAUUCUCGUCACUGA